AUGGGGAAACGGAUGCGGAAAAUGAGAUCGAUCCGUUGCUGCGUCUCUCCUCGAUUGAAGUUUCUCACUCCUCACACCAUCUUCUCCUGGUAUGAAGAGGACACAUGGACUGAGGUUGCUAAGUUUUUGGAUGGGAAAUCUUUGAUAAUGCUUGCAGCAACUAGUAAGUGGUUCCAUCAUAUCAUCACGGCGGAGAGUGUAUGGAAAUAUGCUUGUCUGCGUGACCUUGAGGUUGCUGAUCCUGGAAAAGUGGGUUUCAAAUGGAUGAAGCUAUAUGCUACAGCCUUUGAUGGUAGUCACUCUUACAUGUUCCGCCAGAAAGAUAAGCACAUAGACUGGAUGCGCGUUGGAGCUUUUUUCUUUGAUUCACAAGCUGCACUUCUGACAGAAAAUCUGAUUGCCCCUUUAAGGAUUCCAAAAGAAGAGACAACAGAGAAAAUGGUGGAGUUGAAUGGUAGCUGUGUGGCAAAGCCUAUCCGAAGUGGGAUUUGGCUUGCUGAUCUACAACUUGUUCGUUGCCCAGUCUGUGAUCUCAAUACGUGUGAUGGAACUAUGCAGACGUUAGAUGCAAGACACAUUGAAUUGUUUCUGAGCGAGGGUUACCAGGAUGGGAACUGGGAAUACGAGUUGCUGGGGUCCCAUGAGGUGAAGAAAGAAGCUGAUGGAGCAGCUGCUGCAAUUUUUGAUAUCAAGCAUCUGAAAGAUUGUGCCACCAAUAUGAUCCUUGAUUUGAAUUCAUGGAAGGGAAAACACAAUGAUUGGCAGCCUAAAUCUAUUGUAGCUCCACAUGCAGUCGCAGUCAACACCAAUUUACAGCCAAAUGAUGGUCUUCAAGUGAAAUACCAUGCCAUGAGGGCAGGAAAGGAUGGUGAAAUAGUUUCAAUCAGAGUAUCUCAGCAACUACUCUAGUCCUGCACAAAUAA